UAGAGCGCGAGCGUCAGAAGCCAGUCGACAUUUGGUAUCGGCUCUUGAACCAACAUUCCGCGGUCAACUCACCCUGUAUAUGGAAGUUUCUUCUCUUUGAAAUAAAGCUCCAUUCAACAACGUCAAACUGGACUCUCAGUGGACAGUUAUUUGUUCUACUCCUGUUGACUCCCUGGACUACCACGAACCACUUGGGACAUGGUAGCGAGGCGCAUGGUGCCAGCUUUUCUGGCUGUGUCUGUAUUUCUAUUAGUUGCAACAUGUGAGCCAAUGGAUAAGCAGGAUAUGCAAGUUAUUGAUAUGCUGAGCCUGGACUCUAAGACCAGUGUGUCUGCAGUGAAGAAGGUGACAGGUGCCAUGAGGGUGCUCAGUGACAUCUACAUUGUAUCCACGUUCCGCCUGCCUCCCAAGAUGGGAGGGGUGUUGCUAGGCCUGUACGGCAAACAUGACAACAAGAAGUACCUGGAGCUGGCCGUCAUGGGCAAGAUCAGCAAAGCUCUGGUGCGCUAUGUGAGGGAGGACAACAAAAUCCACACGGUGAACCUCCAGAACGCCAACCUCGCUGACGGUCGCACCCAUUCCAUCAUCCUCCGGGUCGGAGGCCUGCGUCGGGAGAACCUACAACUGGAGCUCUAUGUGAACUGUAGAUUGGCUGACUCCAUCCAGGGCCUCCCGCCAUUGGUUCCUUUCCCCGAGGAGGCAGAAGGGGUGGAGAUUCGUAAUGGCUUCAAAGCUUAUGCAAGGCUACAGGGCGCUGUGGAAUCCCUCAAAAUGGCGCUGGGAGGCAGUGUGGCCAAAGCAGGUGCCCUGACAGACUGUCCAUUCCAGGGGGAUUCAUCAGUCUACAACACAGUGGGUGCGACUGCAGAAGUGAACUCCAUUUUGGGUGACCACACUAAGGCUCUGAUUGGUCAGCUGAUCAUCUUUAACCAGAUCCUGGGAGAGCUGCGAGAGGACAUAAGAGAGCAGGUGAAGGAGAUGUCCCUGAUUAGGAACACCAUUCUGGAGUGCCAAGUAUGCGGCUUCCACGACCCUCGUUCCCGCUGUUUCCCCAACCCCUGUUUUAAGGGCGUGUCCUGCAUGGAGGCCUUUGAAUACCCAGGAUACCGCUGUGGUUCCUGCCCCGAGGGCAUGUCGGGCAACGGAACCCACUGCCACGAUAUUGAUGAGUGUUCCAUAGCUCAACCGUGCUACUCUCCAGGUGCGUGUAUAAACACCGUGAAGGGUUUCAGCUGUGAGCCAUGCCCCCCAGGUCUCUGGGGACCUCCCCUUUUCGGCGUGGGACUCGAGUAUGCCAAGAACAACAAGCAGGAGUGUACCGACAUUGACGAGUGCACGGAGGAUGUCAACGCCUGUGUGCCCCACUCGAUAUGCACCAACAGCAUCGGCUCGUUCAGGUGCGGUGGCUGUAAGGCGGGUUACCUGGGGAAUCAGACGGCAGGUUGUGUGCCACGUAGCUCCUGUGCCAUGCUCAGCUUUAACCCCUGUGAUUCCAAUGCCCACUGUAUCAUCGAGAGGAACGGAGAGGUAUCCUGUGCGUGUAACGUGGGCUGGGCCGGUAACGGAAACACCUGUGGCACCGACACAGACAUUGAUGGAUACCCAGACCACUCUCUUCCCUGCAUGGACAAUCACAAGCACUGCAAACAGGACAACUGUGUUCUCACACCCAACUCUGGCCAGGAGGACGAAGACAACGACGGCAUCGGAGAUCAGUGUGACGAAGACGCCGAUGGGGACGGCAUCAAGAAUGUGGAGGAUAACUGUCGCCUAGUGACCAAUAAGGACCAACAGAACUCCGACUCGGACUCUUUCGGGGACGCCUGUGACAACUGUCCCAAUGUCCCCAACACCGACCAGAGGGAUACAGACAACAACGGACAAGGAGACGCCUGUGACAAUGACGUAGAUGGAGAUGGUAUCCCCAACUUGCUGGACAACUGCCCCAAGAUCCCCAACCCCAUGCAGACAGACAGAGACAGGGACGGGGUAGGGGAUGCCUGUGACAGCUGCCCUGAGAUCAGCAACCCCAUGCAGACCGACAUUGACAACGACCUGGUUGGGGAUGUGUGUGACACUAACCAGGACACGGAUGGGGAUGGUCACCAGGACUCCAGGGACAACUGCCCGGACCAUCCCAACAGUUCCCAGCUGGACUCUGACAACGACGGUCUUGGAGACGACUGUGAUGAUGACGAUGACAACGAUGGGAUUCCAGAUGUCCAAGACAACUGCAGACUCAUCACCAACCCCAACCAGAAAGAUUCCAAUGUCAACGGGGUGGGCGACGUGUGCGAGAACGACUUUGACAAUGAUUCAGUCUGGGAUAUGAUUGAUGUUUGCCCUGAGAGUUCUGAGGUCACACUGACAGAUUUCAGAGCCUAUCAGACAGUUAUUCUGGACCCAGAGGGCGAUGCCCAAAUUGAUCCCAACUGGGUGGUGCUCAAUCAGGGAAUGGAAAUCGUUCAGACCAUGAACAGUGAUCCUGGUUUAGCUGUUGGCUACACAGCGUUUAAUGGAGUGGACUUUGAGGGCACUUUCCAUAUCAACACGGUGACAGACGACGACUAUGUGGGUUUCAUCUUUGGCUACCAGGACUCGUCGUCCUUCUACGUGGUGAUGUGGAAACAGACGGAGCAGACCUACUGGCAGUCGACUCCCUUCAGGGCCACGGCUCAACCUGGCCUGCAGCUCAAAGCUGUGAAGUCCCGUACUGGCCCCGGGGAGUACCUGCGUAACGCCCUAUGGCACGCGGGGGACACCGAUGAGGAGGUGAAGCUGCUAUGGUCGGACCCCAGGAACGUGGGCUGGAGGGACAAGACGUCUUACCGCUGGCAGCUGAAUCACAGGCCCCAGGUGGGCUACAUCAGGGUGAAGUUGUAUGAGGGGACAGAGAUGGUUGCCGACUCCGAUGUGGUGAUCGACACUACCAUGAGAGGUGGACGACUUGGGGUCUUCUGUUUUUCCCAAGAGAACAUUAUCUGGUCCAAUCUGCGUUAUCGCUGCAACGACACUGUUCCAGACGACUUCAACCAACACCGCAAACAGGUCCUGAUGCACAUCAAAGUGUGAGAGGUGUGGAGGAUGUGUGAGUGACAGGUUGUGUAGACGGACACCCUGACCAGCAGUCUCACACAGUCACCCAUGCUCUCACACAAACUCUCACACACCCACUCUUCAUCUUCAUAGGUCCUCACGGCAGAGUGAUGUUUUACAUGUGUGUUUGUGGGGUACAGACAUAAUUCGUCCCCACUGAAAUCAGUGCAGCCAAGCCUGAGUUUAAGCAAUAGCAAUGUCGUUACAUUAAAAAAAAACAUCAGGAAUGACACAAAAUAUUCAUGUCAUAGCUCCAUUAUGGUCAAAAGUCAUUUAAACUUCAACCAGUAAAUGGUAGCGAUUGCUAGCUUUGCUAAGUAUUCUACCUUUCUGGUUGCACACAAAAUAUUGAGAAAUUUGUUGUAACAGACAUUCCAAAAAAUUUUCUGGCUAAUAAUAAAACAGUCAUGAUAUUUAAUUUAAGAUAAUUCUGUAAUUUGAAUCAGCACAAACAGCAGAUUUUGAGGGAUUUUUACAUCCUUACCGUAGUAGUGGAGCGUGACCACUGUGAAUCGUCAUCCUGUGAGGAA